AUGGUCAACUACGUCAAGAGCCUCAAACUCAAGAAGGUGCCUCACUUCGGCGGUCUCACUCCAUUCUUGCUGCUCGGUUAUGCCCCAAGUCUCGCUCUCUGGGGAGGUGCCACUGUUGCUGCCAUCUUCACCUUCACCGAGCACUGGCCAUUAUUCCAGGACACUUUCUACAAGAAGCUACCAAUCAUGGGUAAGCUCUGGAUCAAGGAUGUCGACCCACAGGACUUGCCACAGUGA